CAAGCAGCUGUCGUCCUUCGCGCAUGAAACUUGACUUAUCCUGAAAAAGAAACGCCUCUCUCUUUCUCUUUCUCUCUCUCUCUCUCUCUCUAGAUUGACAGGUGCGACGCAGGCAAGACGAGGUGAGCGAAUCCACACCGACACAUCCCGUCUGUAAACUUGCAGUCUCUCUCUGAACACAGCAGAGGAUGGGGAGAGAUGCGCACUCGCUCCGUCGCCAGAUUUCUCCUCCUCUUUACGCGCGCUCUUUAUGUGAUCCUGCGGUGCAGAGCGAACGGGACCAUCACCGUCCUGUCUCCUGCUUUUUCCACGACUCUUGGAGCUUGUCACUGCGGUAGCCGUAUUUCAGCACCAGGAAUGGAAAUAUUAUGGUCCUGAUGUCAGCUGUGUAGAUUCAACUAGAAAACUUGAAGGGAGAAAAAGUGAGGACCGGCUGCGCAAACCGGCUCAGCGCGACUAAAUGAGGCUUACUGCAGAAGUCCCCCAUGAUACUACAUCCUCUGGGAUCCCUGUUUCUCGGAUGAACGCAGAAUUUCCUAUCAGCUACCCUCCUCUCACAAGAAGGCUCGUCAUCUGUUGACCAGCAUCCUCAUCUAAAUGCCACCAUGCCCAUCAUCAGUAACACUAACCAUGACUUUAGCAACCUGUCUGUCAGUGAUGACAGUAGCUUGGACCGCAUCUUCACUGAGAUCCCUGAAACAGAGACAAUCAAAGGUGUGUACUACCAGCGUGCACGCCUCUUACGUCGGCCUGAGGACCUGCUUUCUGUGGACCAUGCGUUACAGGCACUCAUCAAUGUUGGGGGUAACCGCUACACGCUGCCAUGGAGCACACUGGAGCAGUUCCCAAUGACACGCCUGGGCAAGCUGCGAACAUGCAGAAGCCCUGAGGAGAUCGCCGGUGUGUGUGAUGAUUAUGAUGAGGCAAGACACGAAUUCUUCUUUGACCGCAGCCCCAGUGCCUUCCGAGUAAUCUUAAAUUUCCUAGCAGCUGGUAAGCUGCGGAUGCUGCGUGAGACAUGUGCGCUCUCACUGCAUGAUGAGCUGACCUACUGGGGAAUAGAGACGGCGUGCAUGGAACGCUGCUGCAAGCGCAAAAUGUACAUGCGUCUCGAGGAGGUGGCCGAUCAUGAGCGCCACAAACAGGAGGAGUUCAGGAAGCACACUUCUCAGCAGCACCCUCCACAGGAUGACACAUGCUACCACAGGUUCAUGAGCCACCUCAGGGACAUGGUGGAGAACCCACAGUCAGGUCUGCCGGGGAAGUUGUUUGCCUGUUUCUCUGUGAUUAUGGUUGCUGUCACUGUCAUCAGUUUGUGCAUCAGCACCAUGCCAGACCUGCGAGAGGAGGAGAACAGGGGCGAGUGCUCACAGAAGUGUUACCACAUGUUCAUCGUGGAGACCGUGUGCGUGGCAUGGUUUUCCCUGGAGUUUGUGUUACGCUUCCUGCAGGCGCGCAGCAAACUGGAGUUCCUACGUGGUCCACUCAAUAUCAUCGACGCCAUGGCCAUCCUACCCUACUACGUGUCCCUGGCUGUGGAUGAAGAAGAGGAAGAGGUGGGGUUAGACAAAGAACGCUCAUCUGCAGGCAGGGGCUACCUGGACAAGCUGGGCCUGGUGCUGCGGAUCCUGCGAGCACUACGGAUCUUAUACGUGAUGCGGCUCGCACGGCACUCACUGGGGCUGCAGACUCUGGGUCUGACCGUGCGACGAAGCACGCGUGAGUUUGGGCUUCUGCUUCUCUUCCUGUGUGUAGCUGUGACACUCUUCUCACCACUCGUGCACCUGGCUGAGAGCGAGCUAAGUAGUGAGCAGGACUUCAGCAGCAUCCCUGCCUCUUACUGGUGGGCCAUUAUCUCCAUGACGACAGUGGGCUAUGGUGACAUGGUGCCACGUAGCAUCCCAGGUCAGGUGGUGGCACUCAGCAGCAUCCUGAGUGGCAUCCUUAUUAUGGCCUUUCCUGCCACCUCUAUCUUCCACAUGUUCUCCCGUUCCUACCAGGAGCUUAAACAGGAGCACCAGCGCAUCAUGAAGGAAGAGUGUGCUAUAUCCGCAGCUGCAGCUGUGGACAGACAAGGCGAGGAGCCAGAAAGAAGCGGGGAUCAUUCUGCACCUAUACUGGCUCUCCAUCUGGAUCCUGAAAAGGCUGGAUACACAGAUGGUGUGUCUCUAUUAGGUAACAGUGGAGACUUGUCAGGGAAUAACAGACACUCCUUACCGGUAGGACCCUUGUAGAGACUAUUGACACUAUUGAUAGUGUGGACUUUGUAGUGGUUCCUGAUCUUCUAACCUUUCAGAUGAAGGGAAGGAUGUAAAGGGCCACUCUGUUUGAGAAGAGAAAAAACAUUAUAGAGACUUUCACUAUGUGAAUCUGGCAAUUUUGUCUUCCAUCAGCCAUCAGCUGACUAGUUCUAAUUGAAAAAAAUGCAGUUUUCAUAUACAGCUUGCUCGGAUUAAAUAACUUUUUCCAGAUUUAAUAAUCACCCUUGAGUCUAUUAAACCAUGCAGAUGAUUUUUAUCAUCCCAAUUUGUCAUAGCUAUUGCUUUGUCAUGCUGUAAUGA